GCCACUUGGUCGUGGGUAUCGUCAUCUCGACAGACAGACUGAACCGUCCUCCUCACCAGGAGAGUGCCAGUGCCAGGGAGGGUCUCGCAGUGUAGUCGCUAGUGCCAGUGUUGUGUGUUGGCUCUCUCUGCUGGGCUGGGCAUGUCAACAACGUCGUCUUCAGUCGCGGCGGCUCAUAUAAAUUACUGCCAUUUGUGUGAUGGUUUGUUGUGGUUGAUCCACAAAGUGAAUUUGCAGUCUACAGCGUCAUUGUCGUUGAUUUGGCUUUGUCGUUUAGUUAAAUCUUUAUUUUUUUUGGGGGGGAAACAAUGAAAAAGUGACGGGCAAAAGUAAACAAUAGUUCGCAUUACUAAGCAGUGUCGCUAUGGGGUCAAGGGAGCCACUGGCUACGGAUUGAGUAGGAGCAACAAGCAGUUGGAGGACGCGUUGUAUCCGAGUGUCUGUGCGUUUGUGAAAACUGCUCCUUUAGAAGCGAUUUUGCGAUCGAAGUUCGUAGUACUCGGCAUAAAUCGUGUAAUGAACGGAUUUUUGUUUGUGGAUGAUGGUGAUAGCCACGUUUGAAGUGUUGUGAAACAAGGAAAAAAUUAUGAUUCGGAAAAUCGAGUUGAGUGAGUUGAGCGAGUGUUCAUGUGUCCACAUUAGCGAUAAUGUCGUGGUGAAGUGAUAGCCAGCGGAGUUCUUGGAAGAAGGAGAAAUACAAGCUGGAGGAAUAAAGAGGGCGACCGACAGUCAUGGGUUGGGCUGGGCACUGGGGCAUAGGAGAGACCCCCAGUAAGGAGAUGUAAAGGCUGGUGGGCAUUUGUGGUAUGCCCUCCAAGGGAGAUGUUUUUAUUAUAUUUUUUUUUAGCGUGUUGCCUUCGGGUUUUUUUUCAUCUUGCUAGAUUAUUGCGCACACUAUGGUCUCUUCAGUUAAGUUCACAAUAAGAGAUUUAAAUGCAAGACAGUGUUUUUGCUUUGUUAAAAUGGUGCUAAUAUGCAAAUGAAUGAAUUAAUGAAUAGGGACCUAGUGUUCGUUUGUCCUUAGUGAUUAACUAACCAAUGGCGUCUUGAAAACUACUACCAUACUCUCUCUGCAUUUUGAAAUAAUGGUGAUAUAUUUAUAUGUCUACAUGAAUCAGUCAAGACGUAGAUUAUUCAAGUGCGGAAAUAUAUCGUAAUACUUAAGGUUUUCCCAGCUCACGAAAGGUGUCGCCCCAAACUGCCAUCAGAUGCAUCCUGGUGUUGUGAUAAUUCAUUUCUGUGAUUUUGAAAAUAUACUAUUCGGUCUGUGGUUGCCAAAUAGAUAAUCGGCUUGAUGACUAUUUUCAAGUCAUGGUGCUGUAGGUAUUAUCAAAUUAAAAGUGAGUGCCUUAGAGUGUAUAAUUAUUUAUAUUUAUUCCCUGCCACAUACUCGACAUACCAGAACGAAUAUCCCGCUACUCCACUUGUAACAAUUUAAACGAUUUUCUUCGAAGUCUCACGUGACUCAAUUUCUAAUGAAGGAAAUGAGCAGCGUGGAAGAAGUGGGAAAGAAGGUCCUGACGACAGCUCCUUGUCCUUGUUCGAGCCUUCAUUUCCGGAGGACGUUCGAGUGCGAUCACUUCCCUUCUGGAGAGACUUUCUCUCGGUGAAGUUGCAAUACGGGAAGAAAAGCGAUUACUUUAGAAAGAGAUUUCAUUUAAUAUGCGCGUCUGUGGUGGAUUCCCCCGGUCUCGUUAAUCUCCAGAAUUCGCCGUCCUCGCCUUGGUCCUGCCAACGGCGACCGACGACGACGGAGUCUAUUUGUGUUUCGUCUCAUCGUUUGGAGCUGAAAAGUGUGACGUCAUAGGUGACGUCAUGGCAUCCCUACGAGCCUCAUCUGCGGCCUCCUCCACCAAUACCACCAAUAGGACUUACGGUGCUGGGGGUCCGAGAAUGACCUCCAGCCUUCGUCUUCAUUAUGGCUGUGGGCCUGACGGGUGCGGUCGGGGUGGUGGCGUGGGCGGGGUAAAAGAGGGCGCCCCGCCGUUACCCUCACGCCCGCCGCCCUCCUUCUGCCCUCCUCCGCCCUUAUCUUCGGACCAAGACUUACCUGACGGCUGGGCGCGCCUUAGCUGGGUGGCUCCACCGCCCCCGAGACAGACCAAGCAGCCCCUGCCUCACCCGCACCACACCACCUUCCACCUCCACCUGGCCAAGACCAAGAAGCUCGUGUCGCAGUCCUCCCUCCCGAGCAUCCCACGCCCGCAGACGCCGCCCAACUCCUCGACCGCCGCCUGCAAUACUGCCGCUGUUUCCACUACGACGUCUUCUUCCUCCUCCUCCUGCGCCCCCAACAACAACGCCCUCGGGAGCACCGAACACCUGUCCUCGACGACAACGUUCUCCGCCUUCAAGCAGUACCCCACCCACUAUCCCACCCACCACCACCACCUCCCGCCGCCCACCGCCCCCGUGCAGCACCCGACCCACCACAAGCUCCAGCGCCCCUUCGCCAAGGACGCGACGCCCCCUUCGUCCUCCUCCUCCUCAACGCUGUCCCUCCACCACCACCACCAGAGUCACCCCGAAGAGGAGGUCCUGUGCGCCGAGAGCCGCCUGGUGACCAACUCCUGCAGCGGCAGCAGCGCCGGCAGCCUGAACAGCACCACCUGCGCCACCAGCGCCGCGGGCGGCGGCGGUGCUUCCUCCUCCUCCAACGCCAACGCCACCACCACCUCCUCCUCCGGCGGCGGCGGAGGAGGAAACAGCAACAACGCCCGCGCGACCACCAGCAGCAUGAGUUCGUCCACAGGGGCGGCCGCCUCCUACAGCACCAUCAGGCGAGGUCUCAAGGCCACCACUUCCAAGCUAGUCAACGCCACUUCCACCAUCAGGAGGCCCACGGCUUCGUCUCUUGGCUCAGACCGCACGUCGGGCACGGAGAAGAAUGACCCCCACCGCUUCGUGGAGGGCAUAAGCUUCAAGGGCAAGCUGAUAGGCGUGCUCGAAGUGGCGGAGGCGCGCGGAGACCGAAUGUGUCAGGAGGCGUUGGCCGAACUCAAGAUGGCCGUCAGGGCGGCCGGCGAGCAUAAGCAGCGCAUCGUCGUCACAGUCGCCAUGGACGGCAUUCGGCUGCGAGAUGAAAGAUCGAGUGACUGUUUGUAUCACCAUCCAGUACACAAGAUAUCAUUCAUUGCUCAAGACAUGACUGACAACAGGGCCUUUGGUUACAUAUUUGGGUCUCCUGAUGCAGGCCAUAAAUUUUUCGGAAUUAAGACCGAGAAAGCUGCUAGCCAAGUCGUAAUCGCUAUGCGAGAUCUAUUUCAGGUUGUUUUUGAGAUAAAGAAGAAAGAGAUAGAAUUGGCAAGGAAACACUUAGAGGAAGGGAGGGAGAGAGGGGUGUUCGGGGAGUCUUCAUUUACCGGGUUGUACGGCAGCAAUGGUGACAGCGGAAUAGUGAGUGCCAGUCUGACAAGUGGGGCCGGGGGGGCUAUUGCUGACUUACUAGACCUUCAGAGUGAGCUGAGCUCCCUUCAGAAAGGGCUCUCGGAAAUCAGUCAACAGCGUGCUCAACAGAACCAGAAGGAGGGUGAGCAAUUUGAUCCAUUUGGCGAUUCAUUUAAGCCCACCUUCAAAACUACAGAGUCGUCCAAACCCAGAAUUACUGCCAGUACAGCUCCAACACCUGCCCCACUUGCACCUCCUCCUUUCUCAGGCAGAACAAGACAUGACUCCACACAGAGUGCACAACAAAAGCAACAAGCUGCUGCUAGUGGUGGUGCAGCAGCAGCAGCAGCAGCAGCAGCAGGAGCAGACCAGACAAGUGCAGAUGAAUUUGCAAAGUUCCCUGUGAGUUUUCCAGAUGUAACCAAGUCUCCUUCCACCACUCAGCCAUCGGCUGAGGGUAGCCAGAACUUGGAGGACAGAUAUGCAGCUUUUAAGGAAUUUAGAACAGAUAAUGAAUCAUUCAACAGUUUUAGUGAAUCUCGAUUUUGUGAAGGACAGGAAUCUCAGCAAGCUAGUGGGGCUUCUAGCCUACACCAACCUGAUGAAUUUGAUGUUCAGUGGUCUAAAGCUAGUUUUGAUGAAAGUGCUUUAGGAGAGGAAAGUAAAGAAUCUCAUUAUGAUGUAUUUACGGAAUUAGAUCCUCUUGGUACUGGGAAAAAUCGCCCAUAUGUGGACAAAAGAGACUUCUUCAGUGAAAUGCGGAAACCUGCCAAACGAGUCUUGAGAGAGCUAGGUGACGGAGAAGCUUCAGCACCCUGUUCCCCAAGAACACAGCCCGGGAUGAUUCCCCCUGAAGUGUCUGCUCUAGUAGCAUCGACAUCACUGUAUGCUACUACCCCAAGGUCAUCCAGUGUGACUGCUUCACAGCCUGUAACAUCAACCAAUACUACACCAGUUCAUGGAACGUCUUUGCCUUCACAGCAGUUUGCAGAGUCCUUUAGCCCUCCAGAUUCAUUUGGGCAAGAAGACUUUCAGUUCCACCAGACAUCAGAAAAAGAUUUUUAUGAAGCAUCCAAUAUAUCAUCUGGUUUUGCAGAUUUUAACACAUUUCCCAAUGACUCCCCAAGAAGUCAGAGAUCAGAAAUGUCUAGUAGUAUUCCUGAUGAACCACCACCACCUUUACCUUGUGGUCCAUUAACUGUAGCAUUACCUCCCGAGUCAUUUCGUGACAGUCCACCUCCCUUUUCUCCUCCUCCAGUACCAAGGUCCCCAGCAAGAAUGGCUUCUGGACCAGGUUCCCCACAGCUGUCUCAUGCUCGUCAUUCGCCUCUUCCUCGAGCUCGUUUAACAAAACAAAUGAUGGUGUCCUCAACUUCAAUAAGCCCUAAAACAUUGCCAAGAAGUCAUAAGUUUAGGAAUGAGCAAGCUAGUUUUGAUAGUGAUUGGGAUAAUCAAGAGAGCCAUCAUAGAUCAUUUGCUAGUGGUGAUUUAACUCCUCCAACUCCACCUCAGCAACAAAGUGACGGAGGCCUUAGUCCAAGACCCAGACCACGUUCCCAUUUAACCAAACAAUUAAGUGCCAGCUCUGCAACUUUAUCACUCCGACCAUCAUCCAGCCGCUAUGGAGAAAUUGAACAGUUUUCUUCCCCAGAGGGAGAAAGUAGACCUUUCCCAACAGAUGACCUCAAUCUUAGCUAUGAAGAGGCUCCAAAACCACCCCCAAGACCAGCCCACAUAGAGCCACCACCUCUUCCUCCAAAAAGACAACCUACUCAUGUUACCUUGAGACCACCUCCCCGCCCCCCUCCAUCAUCUGACCCUCAUUAUAAUUACAUUAAUGAAUAUGAUUCUUCUCCAGAUGAAGCUAACACUCCACCAAUUCCAAUUCCAGCAAGGAAGCCACGUUAUUCUGACAAUGCAUCUCGUCCUGCAUUUAUUCCAAGUAGGGCUACUAAGCCACCUCACUCAGAUGGCUUCCAAUUUCCUAAACCAAGUGUGAGUCCUACUCAUGAAAUGACUGGAGCUGUACCAAAAAGCUCAAGGGAGUCAACACCUAGUAAAUCUUCAACUCCUGGAAAAUCACCUCGACUUACUCAGAAGAGCACAGCAUCUGUUGAUCUUGCUAAUACAAGUUUAGAUCAGCUUGCUUCUAGUCUGAAUAUGCCUGUGGAUCAGUUAGCAAGAAUGACAGUAGUAGAGUUAGCUGCUUGUUUAGCUCAGCUGCAGUUGAGGCAGGGAGGUGAUUUAGAAAAUCAAGCCAGAGGUGAUACAGAAACAUAUGGACAUAUUGGUGACAAACCAGGUAGGAGAUCAAGAGGGCCAAGUAGAGAGCAGAGCCGGGAUAGAUUUGCAUUUGAGGAAGAUGAAAUGUUUGCAGAGUUUGAUGCUCAAUUUCCAAAAAGUCCUGUUGAACCACCAGAGUAUACUGGACCUAAGGAACAAAAGCCCUCUCAUGCUGUUGGUGCCCCAGUAAGUGAGGAUCGAUAUGCAGUUUUUAGAGAACUCACUACAGUGAGCAAACAGCGAUCUGUUUUUGAUGAGAAUUUCCUCACACCUCAGAAUUCAAUGGAAGAAGAGGUCUCAGAAGUGUCAUCUGGCACUUUCAAGGCAAACUUUGAUGGCGACCUAAGGGAUGAUUCCUUGGAAAGGAAAUCGUCUCUUAGUGAUGAUGGUGAUACAGCAGAGUUAGCAAAAGAUAAGAAUUGGCAACCACCAAAUCACGAUUUGGAAUGUGUGACCGUUUUCAGAAGUCCUGAAAUAAGUGAAUAUGAUAAUUUUGAGCCUACUUUUGAUGCAAAGUUUGAUGAUGAUUUUUCAGCAGCAACCAUGAGUGAAAGAAGUAUUACACCUGUAAAUUCCCCUACAAUGAGAAGGGCCAGUCCAAGAAGCUUAAGGCACCAAGGUGAGAGUUAUAAAUCUCCAUUUACGGAUGAUUUUAGUAAACAGCCGGUUGGUCGAAGUAGAGUUGAAUCGGACACCUCUUUUGCAAGCUUUGAUGAUAAUUUUGUUCCUCCUACAGAUGCUGAUAAAUAUUCAAGCCUACAAGAGCUUUCAGUGUCAGAAAAGUCAAAACCAGAUUCCCUUAGAAAAUCUCCUUUUGCAGAUAGUUUUGUUGAUACUAAAGGAAGGGAAAACAUGGAAGAUGGCAGGUAUUCAGCAGGGUAUGGAGAUAAUUCAGAAAAAUAUGAUGAUCCAUUCACAACUCUUGAGUCAAAACCCCGAAGUUCCUCAAGAAGUAGUAGUGAAAUGAUGUCAUCAAAGACCCCUGACUUCGAUAAUUCCCUUCAAGCUCCAGUUGAUCACCUAGCUAGUAAAAGAAAAAGCCCAUUUGAUGAUGAUUUCACCAACCGAGGAGAUCGUUAUGAGGUAUUGAAGGAAGUUGAAAGUGAGAGAGAACCGUCCCUAGAAGGAGAGGUAAGUAGGCUAACAAGGCAAGGUGACCCAAGAGGAUCUCCUUUUGAUGAUUCUUGGCAUGGGUCUCACAGAAAUACGCCAUAUGAGGACCAGAAGUCAACCGGGUCUUUACAUUCCACUCAUGAUGAUCAUAAAAGUAUUCCUCCUGAAUCACCAUUUGAAGAUGAUUUCAAUUGUGAUUCCCGUAAAGCCUCAGGAGACCAAGGACGUCUGUCUCGUUCAGGAUCUGAAAAUAGAAAGUCUCCAUUUGGAGAUAGUUACACGCCACCUGCAUCAGGUCGAGCCCAUCGAAGUCGAGGCCCGUCACGACUUAGUGUUGGUAGUGAAGGAAGUGAUGUAAGACAUUCCCCUUUCGAGGAUAAUUUUAGUUCAAUAAUUGGUAGUGUAGCUGAAGAAGUAACUUUUGAUAAUGCCUUUCCCAGCCUUCCUCAAGACAUUACUACCUCCAGUGAAGCAGAGGAAAGUGACCCAUUUAGUGUUAAAGUAAAUACAUCUGCUACAACGGAAACGGGUCAGAGUGACAUGCAGUUUGCUGAUUUCGAACAUGCUUUCCAGCAAUCUGAGAAAGGUGAGAGUGAACAGGUACCUGAGAGUCAUGAUCAGUCUGUUGACAGAGAUGUGGAAGAUAAUGAUGAGGUAAUCGAAGAUAUUUUCCCUGACGAUGAGACUGACUUUAAAGUUUCUGCACGUUUUAUUGCUCCUACAAGUACUGAUAUGAAAAAGUCUGAUUCUGUGAGUAUCUUUCGGCGAAAUAGUGAUCCAUUUGCAGACGACUUUUUCUGUGCCGAAAGUGAAAAUGGUCAAGUACCCCCUGGUAAAAAUGAGGGUGAUCCAUUUUGGGAAGAGCCAUUUGAUAAUUUUAGUUUUCCCAAAGAUCAGUGACAAGUCAAGAAGCAACUAAAUCUUUGAUACUGAAGUGUACGAGUACAGUACAAUACUGUACAUUUAUUGAACAAGGUUAACACGACAAAAGAUAACAAACACAAGUCUAAUCUCAAACUAAGUCAAAAUGAUUUUAUAUUUUCUGAAGAAAAUAUCUUCUGAUGACUAACAAAAUUAUGUAAUAUUUAAUAUUUCCAGUUUUAUAUCUAUUUUUUGUAUGUGAUAUUAUUUUAAUGAUAUUUUAGCAUUGAUAUCAAAAAGAUGAUGUACAGUUCUUCAGUGUUCAGUACUAAUAUCUAGUUGAUUGUAGAUAUCUAAAAUUGCUGUUAUGGUUACCUUUCUUUUUUGUAAAUGUUUUCUUUGUUAUGUUCUUGACUUAUGAUAUUAAACAAGGUAUAUGAGGAUAUAUCAGCCUUAUUUAAAGAGAUGAUAAGUGACUUUUGCAAGAUUUUAUUUUUGUUUUAUAUGAAGAGAUUCCAUUGUAAAAGACCUCUGUUGAAUCAUAUAGGUAAUUUUUUUUAUUUAUUGAUAAAAUCCUGCUUUUCAUUAUUAACCUUUAGGUUUAAGUCUAUAGUCUUUUCAAUGUUUUCAUUGAUAUUUUUUUAAAGGUUUUUGUUUCCUCACUAAAGAUAUUUUUCAUAUGCUGUAGUGAAAAAUCAAGAGUGGUAAAAUUUUAAAUUGUUAGUAUUUUUUUGUAGGGUAAUAAUUGGUACUUAAAUAUUGACACUGGUAUAUGUAAUAUGUUUUAUUCCUAGGCAUUAAUCAUGUUGGCCAGUCAGAGAAUCCUGCUCAAUUGCUCCACCCACCAAUAACGUUCUGCUUUCCAUAUAGAAAAUAACUUUUCUUUACUCUUACAUUUAUUCAUGGUUUUUACCUAAUAAAUUUGAGGGUGAUGAUCUGUAUUUUUGUAAAAAGGUUCCAUUGUCAGUUAAUUUUAGUGUCACAUUCCAAUGCCAUAAGCUUCUUGCAUAUUAUUAUUGUACCUUAAUACUGUAGUUUGUUUAGACCAAAUUUGUAAUGAUUUCAGAGGGAAGGUCAGUGAUUCUGAACUUAUACACUGUAGAUACAGUAUACAUUUAAUUGGAUAGGUCAAUGAAGGUAAUUAUGCUCCAUGCCAAAUUUAUUGUUUUGUCAAAUUAUGUUGUAUAAACUCGUGUAUAAAUUAUCUUAAAGACUAAUCGCAAAGUAUAAUUUAGAAACAGGUAAUAAUAUUAUUAGUGUUUUGUAACUGAAAUUUUGGUAAUCAGUUUGUUUGUAACUCAGUGUCCGUUUUUUUUUUAACAUUUCAAAUAACUAUUGAUAACUUAAGUUAUUGAUGUAGGGUCACAUGUAAAGCAUCAGUUAUAUUUUUUUUAACCAUCUAAUUAUCGUGGAUUAUAUUUUCUCUAAAAAAUAAUUAUAUGUUACAUUCAUUUUUUUUUACAUAUGAAAGAAAUUGUGAGCCUAUAAAAUAUGAUGUGAAAGUUAAACCCUCCUUCUCUGGUAAUUUUUCAAAUUCUUCUCUUUAUCUAUAUGUUGAAUCAAGAUUGGUAAAGUACAGAUGGCCCUUGAACUGUGCAAGAAAUUGGUUCCAUGACAUCCUGAGUAUCAUAAAUUUGUGCAAAUUCAAAUCCGUUACAAAUUGGGUGUUGUGUAUUAUGGAAUGCAGGUUUGCAUAUGGAUGUAUCCAAUUUGUAAUUACUUUGGAUGAAUAAAAUAAUGUAAUUGCAGUAGUGGCAAUGUUUUGCUUAAGGAAUGUGUUAUAACCAAAAAUAGUCCAUACAUCUUCAGUUACUGAUACAACUAUCAUAACCCUGACUGUGGGAAUAACAUAUUUUCUUUUUACCAAGAUUCACACAAGAGCUUUUAGAUGCAUAUAAUAACUUUAAUAAGAAGUCGUAAACAUAAAUACAUAAUAGAAUUAAAUGAAUAAAUGGAAGGAAUUCUUGCUCUCUCCCAUGUAUGUUAUUUGAUAAUUAUGGAGCAUUUUGGAAUUUGAAUUUUGUUAAUUAAAAUAUUUUUGACGGGUAAAUCCUGUUUAAGUCAAGGGCCAUCUGUAUAAAUAGAUAUAAUGAAAUAGACAGUACAGUAAUUCAAUACAAGAUGAAACAAGUUAAAAUACUUUAUAUAUUUCAUCAUGUUUAUGAGGCAAAGUUCAUUUCUUAGAACUUUUAUAAAUGUUUUUGUAUUUCUUGACAAAAUUUUUGUAAACAUCAUUUAUGUUGUUUGUGGUGUUUUACCCUUUUGACAUAUCAAAAGUAUUUUUUAUAGUUUCACAGUUGUCUUGGGAAGGUAAAGAUAUGUCUAACUAAAUUUUCCCAUUUAUCUGUUCUAUACUCAUUAGUGUUAUGUACUGUAAAUUUUUUUCUGAAUGCUCAUCCUAUAUUAACUGCAUAUUGCAAAUUUUGGAUAUUGGUUUUAAUUGAAUGCACGUGUGGUUCAUCAAAAUUUAUUACAAACUUUAGGUCACAGUUGUGUCAGUGAUAUUUUAAAACCUUGAAUUUUCAUGCAUAAAAAAAGACGUUUUACACUUUUAGUUUAUUUUAAAUAUGAGAAAAAUCAUCAAUUUUAAAUACGAAAAAAAUCAAGAAACAAGGAAUUAAGAAGAGUAUCUGUAAAUCUUUGUAUUGCUUAUAUUGUGUUCACUGAAGCCAUUCUAAUUGAUCUCAUUAAUGGAUCUGCAGUAUUUCAAGACUUUGAAGUAUGUACUCCUUAGAAAAUUACUUUUACUAUGUUAACAUGGUAUAAUCAUGAAAAGGCUUGAAGACUGGCAGCAGUGUCAGUUGUUCUUAAUAUAGCAUGUAUUGAAAAUAUAUAUAAAUAUAUUUCAUGCACAUAGGUUAGCAUGGCAUGAAUUUCAUUAUUUAUUAAUUGCAAAUAUCACAUUUCAGGGGGUACACUUCAGCUAAUUUCUUGAAUAAGUAAGUAAAUAAAAGUAAGAAUCUGGGAAAAACCUUACACUUUUUACUGACCAAUACUGAAUAAGUUUGAUCUAUAUAAAUUUCUUUCUAGACAGUGUCAUUGUAAUAACUUCAAAGUCUUGUUGAGUUGCAUCUUUCUGUUACAUCCUGAAUGCCAUAAUGACUUGUGAGACAGGUCACACCCAGCGUCACUUUGCAGAGGAAAAUACUUUUCAGCACAUGAGCUGAACUUUCAAGCUCAUUCCUGAGCAAUGCGUUUAUUACUACUACCAAACCUUAAAACAACCUACUGUAAAACUGCUCAGGCUUCCUGUACUCAAAGCUCCUCACUGUUGGACACAUUCCUGUGUGCUGAGGAGUGCAUUUUUAUAACCAUGUCAGAGAUAGAUUAUUAAUUUAUUAUAUAGUUUCUGUACAAAUAUUGUAACUCGAGUAAAAGUAAUAAUAACAAUUUAAAUAAA